AUGGAAUCCCCCUCAAAACCGAUCCCCAUCGUCCUCUGCGGCAAGGCCGAAGUUGUCGCAAAACCAGUGAUCGAGGGUCUGAAGCCUGAGUAUGAAGUCAUCCUCUUCUGUCUCGGCGCCCAGGCUACUGCCGCAGAAGUGCCAUAUAUCCUCCGCGGCAUCCCUCCCCCCUCACCAACCAGCGCCCUCGGCACCGGGAACUACACGACCGCGCCAGCCGCCAUAAUAAUGGGUUCAGCCUGGGACGCCGACGACGCGGCCAGCGUGCAAGCCGCGAUCCGUAGCAUCCCCCCCAAACCCAACUCCGAAUCCACUACUCCCGUAAUCUUGCGUUACAACCCUGACGUAUCUGUAUCCGCGCCGGCGCCUCCAAGUCCUGAGUACGCCUUCCAGUUGGUCCGUCGUAUUCGGAUGUGUUUGGAUAAGUUGACGCGGGAGCAGGAGGGUCCUGAGAGUGGUGUCAUGUGGUACUAG